GACGUCACAGCGCGAUGGCGGCGGCUCCUUUAGGCAGCUGAAGGGGGAUUUAGGCCCGGAAGAUCCGAGUCCAUCCGCGGCGGGGAGAGCGUGAGCGGGGCCGGCAGGGACCGGAGCAGCGGCGGCGGCGCUUGGACUGUCCCAUCCGCCCCGUAUUGAGGCGCUGAGAGCGACGGGGCAACCGGAAAGCGAUGGUGAAAGCGGGGCCGUGAGGGGGGCGGAGCCGGACCGGACCCGCAGUAGCGGCAGCAGCGGCGCCGCCUCCCGGGGCGCAGACCCAGGAAGCGGCCGGGCGGGCGGGCAGCAGCGAGCCGCACCGCCGCCAUGGAGCUGAGGGUCGGGAACAGGUACCGGCUGGGCCGCAAGAUCGGCAGUGGCUCCUUCGGAGACAUCUAUCUCGGUACGGAUAUUGCUGCAGGAGAAGAAGUUGCCAUCAAGCUUGAAUGUGUCAAAACCAAACAUCCUCAGCUCCACAUCGAGAGCAAGAUCUACAAAAUGAUGCAGGGAGGAGUGGGCAUCCCCACCAUCAGAUGGUGUGGGGCUGAGGGGGACUACAAUGUCAUGGUGAUGGAGCUACUGGGACCGAGCCUAGAAGACCUCUUCAACUUCUGUUCGAGGAAGUUUAGUCUGAAAACUGUCCUGUUGCUUGCUGACCAAAUGAUAAGUCGUAUUGAGUACAUUCAUUCGAAGAAUUUCAUUCAUCGAGAUGUGAAGCCAGAUAACUUCCUCAUGGGGCUGGGAAAGAAAGGCAACCUGGUCUACAUCAUUGACUUUGGUCUGGCCAAGAAGUACCGGGAUGCCCGCACCCACCAGCAUAUCCCCUAUCGAGAGAACAAGAACCUCACAGGGACGGCACGCUAUGCCUCCAUCAACACACAUCUUGGCAUUGAACAAUCUCGAAGGGAUGACUUGGAGUCUCUGGGGUACGUGCUGAUGUACUUCAACCUGGGCUCUCUCCCCUGGCAGGGGCUGAAGGCCGCCACCAAGAGGCAGAAGUAUGAGAGGAUCAGUGAGAAGAAGAUGUCCACCCCCAUCGAAGUGCUGUGCAAGGGCUAUCCUUCUGAAUUUGCCACGUACCUGAAUUUCUGCCGUUCCUUACGUUUUGAUGACAAACCUGACUACUCCUACCUGAGACAGCUCUUCAGAAAUCUGUUCCAUCGCCAGGGCUUCUCCUACGACUAUGUGUUCGACUGGAACAUGCUCAAAUUUGGUGCCAGCCGAGCUGCAGAUGAUGCUGAGCGGGAACGCCGGGACCGAGAGGAGCGGUUAAGACACUCCCGGAAUCCAGCCACCCGCGGCCUCCCUUCUACAGCUUCCGGCCGUCUGCGGGGAACCCAGGAAGUGGCUCCCCCAACGCCCCUUACCCCUACCUCACACACGGCCAACACCUCUCCUAGGCCCGUCUCUGGCAUGGAACGAGAACGGAAAGUGAGCAUGCGGCUGCACCGUGGGGCACCAGUCAACGUUUCCUCGUCUGAUCUCACAGGCCGACAAGAUACCUCUCGCAUGUCCACCUCACAGAUUCCCGGUCGGGUGGCUUCCAGUGGUCUUCAGUCUGUCGUGCACCGAUGAGAACUCUCCUUUUUGCUGUGAAGGGCAGACAAUGCAUGGCUGAUCUACUCUGUUACCAAUGGCUUUACUAGUGACACGCCCCCCGGUCUAAACCCGAAAUGUUAACGCCGGGAGCUCUCCAGGCCACUCACCCAGCGACGCUCAUGGGGAAUCAAACACAAACUAAAUGGACAGGCUCCAAGAGCUGCCAUCGCCAGGGGCUGCCACCACCAGGGGCUGCCACCACGGCCCCAUGGGAGCUCAGUUAUCAUGGGGCUGGAAUGAAGAGCAGAGGCUGGGAGACCAUUGCAGAGAGAACCCGACUCCCUGUGAAGAGCCUCUCCGCUCCCACCAGUGGUGGAGGACCUGCACUCCCUGACGAUCCCACCGCAGCUACCAGUCUUCUACUUGGUUAAGACAGUUUUGUAUCAUUUUGCUAAAAAUUACUGGCUUAAAUCUGUGUAAAGAAAUCUGUCUUUUUAUUGUUUCUUUCUUGUCUGUUUUUGCGGUCUUAAACAACAACAAAAAAGAUGUUGACCUUAAAGAAUCCUAAGACAUGCUGGCUUGGAGCUUCUGUGUCCAAUGGAGGCAGGCAGAAGAGGGCACAUGUGAGUGUCGAGGGUGUGUGUGUUGUUUGUUUUGUUUUCUCGUGUUGUGCUGUUCACUUUAGGAAGGAAUACUCAUCAGUUGUGUGCGUGUGUCUUGUGGGCUCCCAUCAGCCUCCUGUGGGCAUCUUGCUGACCCCUCCCCACUGUAAGCUGAUCCACCUGCAGUCAUCAGAGCAGAGAGGGUGCAGAGCAAACGCUCAUCAGAGCACUGUGGCCGUGGCCUGACACUCUUCCCAAAGGAGGCGAGAAGGAAGUCAAACUGAAGAACUCACGUGGACAGACCUUGAGGUCCGUACAGGCUGCUGGAGAGUUCCGAGAUUCAAAGCUGAGCUUGUGUUUCUGGUUUCUGGGAAGAGGAUUGCGGUUUUGGUAGUGCUGGUUGCCUCUAUGCCUUUGAACUUGGGAAGUUGUUGAACAGACCGAGUCCUAUCAUGUAGAUGCCACUUAGGUCUAUCGUCGCCUCUGCUCAGAGCCCAGGAUUUGCCCAGAAGGACCAGUGGCCAAAGGGAAUCAACCCUGAAGUGCCAAGAAGCAGGCAACUGCCUACCUGAAUCAAGACCCUUCGCCUGCAGAAAGGCGUGGUGCCACACACUUGGUGGUCUUCAGCUGGACACAUCUGAGGGCUGGGCUGCUCUGCCGCUGGCGGUCAGGAUGCCAACAUGUUUGUCCCCACCAUGGGCACCGGAUAUGAAGAGACAGCAGGCCCUGAGCUCCCCAUCUGAGGAAUGGGGUGCAAUACGUGUGUCUGGGUGUCAGCCUGUGGAGAGAGUUAUGCUGGCUCUACCUGGUUCCCUGUUGGGAUUUGGGUUCUAACGGUGCCACCGUGGCUUCUUCCCAGAGUUCCCUGGUACUGAGCACUGGUCUGAGAUCAGGGAACACACUGAUGAUGUGCGAUAGCCUCCCAGAAUGCAGCUGUUAGUUGUGCCAGCCAGCCAUCUGAGCCUGUGGGUGCUUCUUUCUGAGUCCUGAGCUGGUUACUCUGCAAGGAUUUUAGGGUGCAGGGACUUGACUGUGUGGGAGUCUGUGUCUGGGAGUGCAGAGGGAGGUUGGGGGGGUUGGGCAAGUUUGAGAUUUUUGUUGCAAAUCCUUUAGAGUUGGGCCUCCUCUCUCCAGCGGCAGGCCUGCCUGGCGAGUGUUCUUUGUAGAUACCUGUGGUGCCGAAGGGGUAUCGGGGUGGCCUUGAGACUGACCGAGGUUCAGCCAAGCCCAUUGAAAGUCCUCCAGGGGGUGGCUCUGACGGUUCUUGCCUAAUAUUUAAUCCCAUCAUCACUCGCAGGAAGCGUAGUUAGAAUGUGUUUAUCAACCUGUGUCUUGGUGACCAGUCUCUGAGCUGUGCGUUUGUACUACCACUGUAUUUGUGUACUUUAACAAUUGUGUAAAUAAUAAAUUCAUAAUGACUUCUACCUUU